AUGAUACGGUUUGACAACGUCGCUGAUCACUAUGUUAUGGUUUACAAAUAUGAGGAGUGUACCAACGACGAGAAGUACAGCAAUUGUGCGACAUGUGGAUGGAAUAGAAAUGGGUACUCGAACUACUUAAAAUUGUGUUCUUCUGAAAACACAUGUAAAGAUGACAAGAGUUUAUACCUGAAGAACAAUGCUACGAAUCAGUUAAAUGAAAAAGUAGCGUACGUGACGAAUGAUUGUGCCGAAAUAAAUGUGACUGCCGUAAAUCCGCUGUCUGGACCGAAAACCGGUGGAACGACCGUAACGAUCAUGGUUAGAAACCACAGGAUAUUCGUUGAGGAUCGAACGUUAAAGGUAACGGUGGCAGGCACAGUAUGCACGAAUCCAAAGACGUCCGGGCUCGAGACUAUAACUUGCACUACGUCACAAGCGGAUAGCGUAUUAUCCGGUCCGGUCCUGGUUGAGUACUCGUCGUUGGAAAGCGAACUGAAGAUUGAGUCGUCCCAGAUAUUCCAGUUUUGUGUCAAUCCCGUACUGGACCUAGACCAACAACUCGGUGGCAUAGCGUCCGGUGGCACUUCUGUUCCAAUACGUGGAAGACAUUUCGUAGAACCUUGCGUUGUAUCCUCUGUCCAACUGUACGUUAACCUGCCCGACGGUGUCAAACAGUACGCAUAUAAUUACUGCGAUACACCGGUUAACGACACAUAUAUGGUUUGCCGAUCGCCAAGAAUGAACAACGCUCACUGGAACGGGAACCAUUCGAUGGUGGGACGGUUGCUUAACUUCGGACUUGAUGUGAUGAAAUUCACGGGAAAUCAGUCUUUGAACGUCAACGGGACAUCACUUAGCUUUUACGUACACCCCGAUCCUGUCCUUAAGGACUUCGUAAUCGAAGAAGGUGGUUCAUUAGUCAUCAACGGCCUUAGCUUAGAUCAUGUGCAACUGAAUGACAUCGUGGUACGAUUUCUUAAUUCAUCGGCUACGGGUUGCGUAGUCGUGUCGGUUAAAUCAAAUCGUAUUGUAUGCUACCCAACCAUGACCAUCGCUCCAGUUGAGUUGCACGAGAUCUUGGUAAAAAUUGGAGAUUCGUUGUCGUACACUUUGAACAAUAGAUCACCGACACUUAUAGUUGAUCCAUUUAAUCUUUCUGUUUCUAUACUUCCAUCCAUAUUUCCAGAUUCAAAUAAAACCAGUUGUUCAGAUUUAAUGACUUGCACCAAAUGUACAAUUAAACCUAUGUGUAUAUGGUUCAUCCAACAACAGACAUGUGAAAACCGGGAUCAGUUCAACUCGUCGGGUUUGAUAGUUUUCAGAAUAGAGGAAUGUCCACGGUUUUCAGUGGUUAAAGAAUAUAAUUAUGGUGAAUCAAGUGUUUCCAUGAAAUACAUUGUUAAUUUAUCAAAUGAUUUGGUAGGUUUCAGAAAUUAUCUUAAUGACAGUAUACUUUAUAUUAGAUUUCCAACACGUUGUAAAUAUCCAACUCGACAGGUUAACAUAAAUAACAAUACGAUAAUAUCAUGUGAAUUCUACGUAAAAAAAUCUGAUUUUGGUUAUAAUAAUCCAACGUUCACUUUUUUUACUUUUAUUAUUUUCAAUGACGUAAUACUACGGUUUGAUAACGUGGCUGAUCACUAUGUCACAUUUUAUGAACAGGAAGAGUGUGCAAAUGAUGAAAAGUACAAAUCAUGUGCUACUUGUGCAUGGAAUAAAGAUGGCUACUCAAACUACUUGAGAUGGUGUUCCUCCAAUAACACCUGUCAGGUUCGCAAGAAUUUAUAUAUGACGAACAACGGUAAAGAACAGUUAAACAUAAAAUUCGUACACUUGACGAAUGAUUGUGGUGAAAUAAAUGUGACAGCAGUCGAUCCGCUUUCUGGGCCGGAAACCGGUGGCACGACCAUGACGAUCACAGUGAGGAACCACGAGAUAUUAUCAGAGAACCGAACAGUAAUUGUGACGAUAGCAGGAACAGUGUGCGUGAACUCCAGAACGUUGGGACCAGAGACUAUAACGUGCAUCACAACACAAUCCAACAAAAUAUUGUCCGGUCCGAUUCUGGUCGAGUACUCAUCGACUGAAAGCGUGCUGAAGAUUGAGUCGCCUCAGAUAUUCCAAUUCUGUCCCAAUCCCGUACUGGACGUGGCCCACCAACUUGGAGGCAUAGCGUCUGGUGGCACUUCCGUUCCGGUCCGUGGUAGUCAUUUCGCUGAACCUUGCGUUGUAUCCUCUGCCCGACUAUACGUUGACAUGCCUGACGAUAUCAGAAUUUAUUCAGAUAGUUAUUGUGAUCCACCAGUUAACGAUACGUACAUGGUAUGCCGAUCGCCAAAAGUGAACGUCGAUAGCGUUGACGGAGACACGUCGGUUGUGGGACAGCUACUGAACUUCGGACUGGAAAUAACAUUCAGUAAAGAAGACUUCUCCUUGAAUCAGUCGCUGUCAAUAGUGGUUCGUGGUCCAUCGCUCAGAUUUUACGUCUACCCUGAUCCGGUUCUGUUAGAUUUUAAAAUAGACGAAAGUGGUUCAAUAGUCAUCAUAGGUGUCCACUUGCAGCAUAUACAGCCUGAAGACAUCGUGAUACGGGUAAUGGAUUCACCGUCCUCAGUUUGUCUAGUCGUUUCGGUGAUACGAGACAGUUUGGUAUGUGAGCCGAAUAUGUCCGUCAUUGUGCCUCAGUUGAUCUCCGUCACAUUGGGUAAUUCAUUGGUGUUCACAGUGAUUAAGAGAAAUGACGAUCCGUCCAAACUUAAUGGCUGGUUCCUCAUGAUCAUUGCCAUGAUCACGGUGCUGGUAUUCGUGUGUGCCUUGGCAUGUUGUCUAAGAAUAAAACAUCAGGAAAACGUAUCAGAAAAUAUUCGUCACCCACCGGAGGUAUCCACAAGUACACAGGACAUAUACGAACACACUGCGCUGUAG